AUGUCACGUUCCAUGCAUGCAAAGGAUAUGGAAAAAAACACUAGGUACUUCCAUAAUUUGGCAUCGUUAAGAAGGAGGAACAAUAGAAUUGACUCUUUGGUAAUUAAUGGAAGGUUGAUAAGAAAUCAAGCUCAGAUCAAGAUUGCUAUCAGAGAGUUUUUUAAGGAUUUGUAUCAUCAGGAAAGGUCGCCAAUUGUGGAGUUUAGGGAUAGACUGCUAAAUAUAAUUGAUGAAGAUUCUAUAGCUUUGGAGAGAAUACCGACAACAGAAGAGGUCAGAGAGGCAGAUUGGGAUUGUGAAUCAUCAAAGGCUCUAGGAAUUGACUGGUAUAACAUGAAUUUCAUUAAAAAGUUCUGGGAUGAGAUUGGUACAGAGUUCACAACAGCUGUUUUGGAGUUUUUUCGGUCAUCAAGAUUGCCUUCUGACUCCAAUAUUACGUGGGUAGACCUAGCACCUAAGUUUAUUAGAGCCAAGGAGAUUAAGGACCUCAAGCCGAUUAGCAUGGUAGGCUGUAUAUCUAAAGUUAUCUCUAAAAUGAUGGUCAGAAGAUUAAGAUCGGUGAUGCCAGGAGCGAACCCAAAGCUAGUCAGGACUUGGAAACCUAUUAUUGACAAAGUGGAGGAGAAACUUAUCUCAUGGAUGGCAAAAGUACUCAAUAAUGCAGCUCAGACCUUGCCUAGUAGAGGGGGUCCAUGGAAGGAUAUCUAUCAGCUACAAUUAAAGGAUAGUAGUAAUGUGAGAGAUAAGAUGAUUACUGGAUUGUCCAUGGAGAAAGAGGUCACCAAGUUACUCGAGGCUAGGAUUAUUUAUCCUAUUUCUGAUAACCCCUGGGUGAGCCCUGUCCAAGUUGUUCCCAAAAAGGGAGGCAUGACAGUGGUUCAUAAUGAAAAAAAUGAACUGGUUCCUACAAGAACAGUUACAGGGUGGCGCAUGUGUAUUGACUAUAGAAGGCUCAAUACAGCCACCAGAAAGGAUCAUUUUCCUUUACCAUUCAUGGACCAGAUGCUAGAAAGACUAGCAGGUCAUGAUUAUUACUACUUUUUGGAUGGCUAUUCAGGCUAUAACCAAAUUGCAGUAGAUCCCCAAGAUCAAGAGAAAACAUCAUUCACAUAUCCAUCUGAAGUAUUUGCCUACAGAAGGAUGCCAUUUGGGCUGUGUAAUGCACCUGCAACCUUUCAGAGAUGCAUGCUCUCUAUUUUCUCUUAUAUGGUGGAAAAAUUUCUAGAAGUCUUCAUGGAUGACUUCUCAGUAUAUGGAGACUCAUUCAGCUCCUGUCUUGAUCACCUGACACUGGUUCUGAAAAGAUGCCAAGAGACUAACCUGGUUUUAAACUGGGAAAAAUGUCACUUUAUGGUGACUGAAGGGAUUGUCCUUGGGCACAAGAUUUCGAACAAGGGAAUAGAGGUGGAUCAAGCUAAGGUAGAGGUAAUUGAAAAAUUACCACCACCUGUCAAUGUUAAGGCAAUUAGAAGCUUUCUGGGGCAUGCAGGGUUCUAUAGGAGGUUUAUAAAGGAUUUUUCA